AAAAGCAACACAAACACACAAAGAAAAUCUUUUACCCCCAGAAAAAUUCGUUUCCAAUUCACCAGACGUUUUAUUUAUCGAAACCCUAAAAAAAACAGGCAUCCCUUUUAUCAUUCCAAGUAUGGCGAAUCUCGAAUGUCGUAUGUACGAAGCUAAGUUUCCAGAUGUAGACAUGGCAGUAAUGAUUCAGGUCAAAAGCAUCGGCGAGAUGUGUGCUUACGUGUCACUACUUGAAUACAAUAACAUUGAAGGUAUGAUUUUGUUGUCUGAGCUUUCACGACGUCGUAUUCGUAGUAUCAAUAGCUUGAUUAAGGUUGGCCGUACGGAGCCAGUCAUGGUCCUCCACGUGGACGAAGAAAAAGGGUAUGUUAAUUUGAGUAAAAGAAGGGUUUCUGAAGAAGAUAUCCAGAUUUGUGAAGAUAGGUAUAAUAAGAGUAAACUUGUUCAUUCUAUUAUGCGACAUGUCGCUGAAACUCUUGACCAUGAUCUCGAGGAUCUGUAUAUUCAUGUUGGUUGGCCGUUGUACCGAAAGUAUGGGCAUGCCUUUGAGGCAUUUAAGUUAAUUGUGAAUGACCCUGAUUCCAUUCUUAAUACACUUACCCGUGAAAUUAAAGAAGUUGGUCCUGAUGGAACAGAGGUGACGAAAGUGGCUCCUGCUUUGACAGAGGAAAUCAAAGAUGCACUGGUGAAGAACAUCAGAAGAAGGAUGACUCCACAACCUUUGAAGAUCCGGGCAGAUAUUGAGAUGAAGUGCUUUGAGUUUGAUGGAGUUCUUCACAUUAAGGCUGCUAUGCGGAAAGCUGAAGCUGCUGGAAAUGAGGACUGUCCUGUUAAAAUGAAAUUGAUUGCUGCUCCAUCUUAUGUUCUUAUCACUCAAACUCUUGACAAGGAGCAAGGAAUCGCGGUGCUUACUAAAGCAAUUAGUGCAUGUACUGAAGAAAUAUUGCUCCACAAGGGUAAACUCAUUGUAAAGGAGGCACCAAGAGCGGUGAGUGAACGUGAUGAUAUAUUGCUGGCUGAAAGGAUGGCUAAGCUAAGUCAAGCAAAUGAAGAAGUCGAGGGUGAUGAUGACAGUGAAGAAGAAGAAGAUACUGGAAUGGGAGACAUCGAUUUGGACAAACAGCAGGAAAUUUAGGAGACAAAAGAGCAAGUUGAUUUUGAGAGGAGUUGUUUUCUUUGAAAAUUACUAGUAUUUAUUUUUGUUUUAAUGUCAACAGAGCAGUUGAAUAGAAACUUAAUGAUGCCAACAUACAAAGUAGAACAACAAAGCUAUGUGGUCAACUAUUGUUUCUGGACUUCCCUCCAUUCUAAUGUUGAAACUGUAUUGUCUAUUAACAUGAUAUUCCUUCAUUUGAACCCUCCUAUUUGUUGGCUUACGCA